ACAGUUGCCUUGUUAUUUGCCGUCUGCAACUCUCACAACCUGAUUAGUUGCUAAGUAGUUAUGGGAAUUGCUUUGGAUUGCAUGAGAACUCAUAUCCACUCAUAAACACAAGAUCCACCAUGAGAGUAUAUUUUGUGAGUAUAUCCACUUACUACAUAUAUACAUACCAUAUUCUAUAAGAGAGAGAUUCGUAGAGUUUUUGUAUGACUUGCAUGUCACGAGGAAGAAGAUGAUGAAAGUCUCUGCAUCUCAAGUCAUUGAAUAACAUUAAAAAUUUAUGUUUUGGAGAUGAAAACGAAGAAUUAGAACAAGAGCUUUCAAAAUGUACGUGGUUGUCAAAAACACUGUUUGUAUCAGGAGAGUUUAACUUAAGAAGAAAGUCUUCAAUCUUUGGGUAGAAGGAAUUCAUUUCAAAUGGCCCAAAUCUUGAAGUUGCUGGUCUUUCUUGUGUACUGUUUGUUGGCAUCUUCUGUUAUUAGAUGCUCAAAGGCAUUGGAUGAUGAUUCUUAUUUGGGAGGAAACAGAACAUUGGCACAUGAUAUGUGUGAAGCAGUUGCAGGAAAAGGAAAAGAAUUCAGAUGUAUUAACAGGAGGUCUUUGAGAAAGUGUUUCAAUCCAAGUCCUUAUGUGAACAUUAGUUUGAGUACUGAGGGUCCCCUUGCAGAUGACCAGAAUGUUACAGUGACUGUGAGUGGAGUUAUACAUCCAAGAGCUCAUGACUGGGUUGCUCUUAUUUCCCCUUCUACAGCAGACACUUCAGAUUGCCCUCUGAAUACAAUUAAAUACAAGGAAACAGGAGAUCUCAAGUCCCAUCCUCUGUUGUGCCACUACCCUGUUAAGGCACAAUUCUUAAACAACGAUCCAUCCUAUACUUCAUGCCGCAAGAACACCUGUCAUAAGAAAGUUUUGAAUAAAUGUGCAAUCAAGACAUGCAGUGCCUCCAUAACAUUUAAUGUUAUAAACAUACGGACUGAUGUAGAAUUUGUAUUUUUUGGGGGUGGUUUUGAUACUCCCUGCAUCCUCAAGAGAUCUCCAUCCCUUAAAUUUUCUAAUCCGGCCAUGCCUCUCCAUGCCCAUCUCUCCAGUGUGGAUUCAACAGGAACAGCAAUGAAAGUAAGAUGGAUUAGUGCGGACAAUAGAACACAAUAUGUUCAAUAUGGAGUGAUCAAACAGGCUGAAUCCACAGUCUCUACCUUUACUCAAGCUGAUAUGUGCAAAGGGAAACUUGGAAGUGCGGCAAAGGAUUUUGGAUGGCAUGAACCUGGUUAUAUUCACACAGCAGUUAUGACACAACUUCUGCCCUCUACGAGCUUUCUCUAUAGAUAUGGAAGUGAUAUAGUUGGUUGGAGCAACCCAAUUCAGUUCUGGACGCCACCUGCAGCUGGUUACAGCGAGCUCAAGUUCAUUGUAUUUGGAGAUAUGGGGCAAGCUCCUCUGGACCCAUCAGAUGUGCAUUAUAUUCAGGUGGGUGCACUUGGGGUGAUAGGUGCCGUUGCAGAGGAGGUGGGUGAGAGAAAUGUGGACUCAAUAUUUCAUAUUGGGGACAUUAGCUAUGCUACAGGCUUCCUUGUUGAAUGGGAUUACUUCCUUCAUAUGAUAACUCCUGUGGCUUCUCAUGUUCCAUACAUGACAGCCAUUGGAAACCAUGAAAGGGAUUUUGCCGACUCUGGAGCCUAUUAUGGAACACCAGACUCAGGUGGGGAGUGUGGUGUUCCAUAUGAGAAGUAUUUUCCUAUGCCAACACCUGGGCAGGACAAGCCAUGGUAUUCAAUCAAACAGGGACCAGUUCAUUUUACUAUCAUAUCUACAGAGAACAAUUGGACUGAAAACAGUGAACAGUAUAAAUGGAUGAAGCAGGAUCUUAACUCUGUGGACCGCAACAUAACUCCAUGGCUCAUUUUCUGCGGGCAUAGGCCAAUGUACACAACAGGAAACACAGGCCUUUCUGAACUCAUAAGAUCUCCUGUCGACCCUGAUUUUGUUAGAAUUGUGGAGCCACUUCUCUUACAGUAUCAGGUAGACUUAGCUUUAUGGGGUCAUGUUCACAACUACGAACGUACAUGCUCAAUAUUUAAUGAAACAUGCAAAGCCCUUCCAAGUAAAGACCUUGAAGGCAUCGAUACCUAUAACACUACAAAAUAUGCUGCUCCAGUGCAUGUUAUUGUAGGGACAGGAGGAUUCUCUCUUGAUAAAUUCAAAGAUAAUUCGGCUGAUUGGAGCCUAUCACGGACAUCUGAUCAUGGGUAUGGACGUAUUCAUGCAACGAAACAGCAAAUCUUAUUUCAGUUUGUAAGCUCAACUAGCCGAAGUGUAAACGAUACUUUCAAGAUAAUAAAAAAUUCAUAGACUACAGUUCUCUUCUGGACAUAUUAGUUGGUUGCCUAUUGAUAAGCUGCAUGGCUACAAAUCUGCAAAUAAAGGGGAAUUAAACUAUCCCAGUAGCAGCUAAACUACAAGCCUUUGGAAGAAGUAUUUUAGUGGGUAUAAGAUGGAAUAAUUAUUUCAAAAACAGAUUGCUUUGUAGAACUGAAAUAUGGAAACAAUUCAAGGAUUGUAUGAUAGGAAAUAGUAUGAUAUAGAUUUGUUCAGAGAGAAGAAAAGAAAUAGCUUAUAUCUUUUGAUUGUUACUAAUAACUAUAUCUAUUCAUUGUUGUACUUGUGAGAAAUAAAUUCUACAACAUUGAUGUUCCUUCAA